AUGACUCCUUACAGCAGCAGUAGCUUGGUGCUGGAGACUCUUCCUCCUCCCUCCCCUGUCUCUCCCUCCUCUUCCCCUCACUGCCCCAAGCCUGGCCAGCAAAAGGCCGCAGCACAGCACAUCAGCAGCACCCCCUCCUGGUUGAUGGACAGGGCGAGCGGGUUGGGACUGAGCUCCCUGUUGGGCCGGGCUAUCACUGAGGCCACAUUAGCCUCUGCCGGGUCACUGAGCACAAUCGAUGCUCUGAGUCAUUGA